AUGGUGGCGGCGGGAGGAGCCGCGGGCGGCGGCGGCCGAGCGAGAACCGAGAGGGAGCGGAGCGGCGCGCAGCACGGCGCGGGAGGGCGGCCGGCACUGCCCGACCCGGUGCUGCCGCAGCUGCCGGCGCUGCUGGGCCCCGACGUGCCCGCCGCGGGCGUGCUGGUGGUGGGCAACAAGGUGGACCUGCUGCCCGCUGACUGCCGCGGGCACCUGGGGCGGCUGCGGCAGCGGGUGGCGGCGGCCUGCGGCCUGGCCGGGCUGAGGGGAGCCGCGCUGGUGGACAUCCGCCUGGUGAGCGCCAAGACCGGCUACGGCAUGGAGGGGCUGGUCAGCCGGCUGCAGCGCUCCUGGAAAUGCGCAGGAGAUGUCUACCUGCUGGGAGCCACCAACUCCGGCAAGUCCACUCUCUUCAACACCCUGCUGCGCUCCGACUACUGCAAGUCCCGCGCCCCCGACAUCGUCGACAGGGCCACCGUGUCCCCGUGGCCAGGAACAACACUGAACCUGUUGAAAUUCCCAAUUAUUAACCCUACAUGUGACAGGAUAUUCCGAAGGCAGGAGAGGCUAAAAGAAGAGGCAGCAAAAACAGAAGAUCAGCUAAGCAUUGAAGAAAAAAAGUACCUUAAUCAACUUAAAAAGCAGGGUUACCUAGUGGGAAGAGUUGGAAGAACAUUUCAACAGCAGAAGUCUAGCGCUGAGAUUGACUUUGACCCUGACAUGCUCUCCUACAGCAUGGAUGAAGAUCCUAGAGAUCCACCUAAGAAGCAUGAGGAAAGGGAGGAGUUCACUCACAACGAAGUGAAGGAUGCUCGGUGGUGUUUUGACACUCCAGGAAUUGUAAAGGAAGACUGUGUUUUGAAUCUCCUAACAGAGAAGGAAGUAAAGCUGGUUUUGCCAUCACAUGCCAUUGUUCCACGGACCUUCAUUCUCAAGCCAGGAAUGGUCUUGUUUUUAGCAGCUUUGGGACGUAUAGACUACUUAGAGGGAGAAAAACCUGCCUGGUUUUCUGUCUUAGCUUCUAACCUGUUGCCAGUCCAUGUUACUGCACUGAGUAAUGCAGACACUGUCUAUGAGAAGCACACAGCCCAAGAGUUCCUAAAGGUUCCCAUGGGUGGGGAAGAGAGAAUGAAAGAGUUCCCCCCACUUGUCCCUCAGGACAUUACACUGAAAGGGAUUGGUACCACUGAGGCAGUUGCAGAUAUCAAGCUUUCCUCUGCAGGUUGGGUGGCGGUGACGGCUCACGCGGAAGAGGAAUUGCUGCUCCGAGCCUACACUCCCAAGGGCACUGCAUUGGUGGUGCGGGAGCCUCCCCUUUUGCCUUACAUCAGUACCAUCAGAGGGGCCCGGAUCCCAGGCACUCCUGCCUACAGGACCAAAAAGCCUCCUUCCUUUGUGGAAAACCUAAGAACCACGGGCAGCAGAUAGCGCAUCUGAUCAUUGGAUCAAGGCAGAAGACAGAACAGCCCCUGGAGAACUUUCGGGCUUAUUGGUGUUCAGAAAAUGUUGGACUUGUUUUGAAAGGCCAGCAGGCACAUUUUGGAAAGCAGGCCCUGAGGGAAGCUCCACAAGUCCACAUCUGAUCCAGGUGUUGAACUGCAGCUAUUUUGAAUGAACUGAGAGGCUGUAACCUUGCUGUGGGAGGGGAAACAGCUUCUCCCUGGGAUCUGCAUCAAUGGGCAGAUCCCUUUACCUGUCCUCUCUUGAAAUAUGGGGUGGAAACUCACCUGCCUGACCUGAUCUGACUUUGCUGCUCAUAGAGUAGGUGGUUUCUUGCAGGCAUGCUCCCUCAUGUCAGAAAUCAUCAACUUAUUCUUAAAGUGUUCUCAUAGUUAAGGGGGUGGAGGGAGUUGGAAGGAGCAGGGAAUGCUCCUGUGUGGGUAUGACCCUCCUAGUGGCUGAUACUGAUUCAACAACAUUGACCAAAAGUGGUGUCCUUUCUCCAGCAUCUGGAGCAGAUUAGAGUGUGCAGUAUCCUGCUUUUGGACACAGGAAAAGAGAUUUAAUGAAAAACAGGUCUGCUCAUGUGCCUGAAGAGGAAAGUUUUGCAGUUCACUGCUUUGAUUUGGUUUCUAUAGCUUGGGUACAGGUUUUUGAAACCAAGGGUAUAGAAUAAAACUUUACAAAGAUGUUU